AUGUGCAGCAGAACGGAGCGAGACGCAGAGGGCCUACAAUGCACCUUGGCGGAAGGUCCCAUUGUCGUCGGCGCGGGCCCGUCUGGGCUGGCCGUGGCGGCAUGUCUCGCUAACCUCGGCGUCCCCUCUACCGUUCUGGAGAAGGCCCACUGCGUGGCCUCCCUCUGGCAGCACCGCACAUACGAUCGCCUCAAGCUGCACCUCCCCAAGCAGUUCUGUGAGCUCCCGCUGAUGGGCUUCCCUGCGGGCUUCCCCAAGUACCCUUCCAAGCACCAGUUUGUGGCCUACAUGGAAGCCUACGCCGCCCGCUUCGGCAUCCGUCCGAUUUUCGGCCGCGCCGUCGAGGUCGCGGAGUUCGACGCCGCCGGCUGCUGCUGGCGGGUGGUGGCGCAGACGGGAGAGGUGUUCCUCAGCCGCUGGCUGGUAGUGGCCACGGGGGAGAACGCUCAGCCCAACACGCCGGAGCUGCCGGGGCUGGAGAGGUUCGGCGGGAGGGUCAUCCACACGUCGUCAUACAAGUCCGGGAGGGACUUCCGGGGGGAGAAUGUGCUCGUAGUCGGCUGUGGGAAUUCCGGAAUGGAGGUCAGCUUCGACCUCUGCCGCCACUAUGCCAGGCCCCACAUGGUCGUCAGAAACUCGGUGAGUCUCAGCUCUCGCUCGACCUGAUCUUCUGCGAAUUCCUCAUCUUCCCGGCGGGAGAACUCGUCUUGAAUCUAUCGGCCCCUGAGAGUCUCUGCAGGUGCAUGUUCUACCCAGGGAGGUGUUGGGAGUGUCGACGUUUGGGAUAGCGAUGGCGCUGCUCAAAUGGCUACCACUGAAGGCAGUGGACCGGAUCCUCCUGGCGGCCGCCCAUAUCAUCCUCGGAGACACCGAUCGUGUAGGGCUCCGGCGGCCCAAGACCGGCCCCAUCGAGCUCAAGAACUCCACCGGCAAGACUCCGGUCCUCGACGUUGGAGCUCUGGCUCACAUCAGAGCCGGCAAGAUCAAGGUGAGCGGGCCUCCUCACCCACGAGACAUGUUAUGCCCCCACUGUCUUCGUGAGCCCAUCACGGGAGAGAUUUGUUCCUAGGUUCUCUGACCAGAAAACCUCUCGCUAUCCCUCCUCUGAGAAAUUGACGCCAGGAUUCAUAGCCUGGGAAGAUUUAGGGUGUGCAAGAACCUGGAGGCAAAGCCCACGGGCUUCCCCCCUUGCGGACCCGCGCAUUAAUGACGUACUUAGAUUUAGCAGUCGCUGGCGCUCGCACGCUGCCCGCAGAGUCUCUCUCUCCCUCCUUCUGGAGUUAAUGUCUGUAUCAUUCAAUCUUCAAUGAAGGUAACGCAAGGAGUGAAGGAGGUGACACGGACGGGCGCCCGGUUCCUGGACGGCGCCGAGGGGGACUUCGACUCCAUCAUCCUCGCCACGGGCUACAAGAGCAACGUCCCCUCGUGGCUUAAGGUCUCUUCUCCCUUCCCUCCAGUUUUAUGGCAGAAUUGUGUUUGACUUCUGAUAGGAUGGCUUCAGUAUCUCGCAUGCCGGAUCUUCUUCCCCGUAGUUUUUCUGACGUUGCGGCCUUCUGCAGGGCGGCGAUCUCUUCACCAAGGAGGGCCUCCCCAACAAGCCCUUCCCCAAUGGGUGGAGGGGAGAGGAUGGGCUGUAUAGCGUUGGGUUCACCAUGCGGGGCCUCCAAGGCACCUCCUCCGACGCCAUCAACAUCGCCGCCGACAUCUCCGAGCAGUGGCGCUCCGGCGCCGUCAUCGCCCAAGGCGGCGGCAGCACCCAUCGCCGCCCCCAUUGUCAACGCCCCCUCCGCCCUCCACUGCAAGGGGCACCCGCCGCCGCCGUAUAG